AUGGCAACCACGCCGUGGUCAAAUAUCACACGCCUUUCAUAUCUUUUAACUCUGCUUCUGGCUGUGCUGCAAUUUCCUGCUCUGCUGCACGCGAGCGAUGAGGAUUAUUUCGACAUUAAAUAUUUUCGGAGAGGGAACGACUACCUUUACGCAUGGUGCUCCAGAAGCAUACUUGGGUUGUCGCAGACCGACGGGCAAAACGUGGAGCAGCUAUUUCGCUCCCUUGUCGACUCCGUUAACCCCACUGGCUUCUUCAACACUUCCGUCGGCGAAAGUGCCCCUUAUGCAACCUAUGGCCUCUCGCUCUGCCGCGGUGACUUGACCGCCGAUACAUGCCGGAACUGCAUCGCCAACGCCACCGAGAGCGCCAAGGAGGAAUGCCCGAAUAACAGGUCCGCCAUGAUAUGGAUCGGCACCGAUUGCUUGCUUCACUUUUCCGAUACGCGAUUCUUCGGGUCCGUUAAUCCGAGCUGGCUGGCAUGGGCAUACAACGCUUCGACCACGCUGUUGAGAAGUAUGCAAUGA